GCAGUAAAACGGAGGAAGAAGAAGAAAAAUCCAGCUAACACCUAGGAAGGGGUGUCCAUCUUAUUUACACCACUGAUAGCUCUAAAUUGUUACGCUAAAAGGUUAUUUUAAUUGCGUAAGCCCUGAGUUCCGGAUCCUCAAAAAUGAGUAGUUCAGAGGAAGUGUCAUGGAUCUCUUGGUUCUGUGGACUGAGGGGAAAUGAGUUUUUCUGUGAGGUGGAUGAAGAUUAUAUUCAAGACAAGUUCAACCUGACAGGCCUCAAUGAACAGGUUCCUCAUUAUCGCCAGGCUCUUGACAUGAUCUUAGAUCUUGAACCAGAUGAAGAGCUGGAGGACAAUCCCAACCAGAGUGACCUGAUAGAGCAGGCGGCAGAGAUGCUGUACGGCCUGAUCCACGCUCGCUAUAUCCUCACUAACCGAGGCAUCGCACAGAUGCUGGAGAAGUAUCAGCAGGGAGAUUUUGGAUAUUGCCCCAGAGUCUACUGUGAGAAUCAGCCCAUGCUUCCUAUUGGCCUGUCAGACAUCCCAGGAGAGGCCAUGGUGAAGCUGUACUGCCCUAAAUGUAUGGACGUCUACACGCCCAAGUCCUCCAGGCAUCACCACACAGACGGAGCCUAUUUCGGCACCGGCUUCCCUCACAUGCUCUUCAUGGUUCACCCCGAGUACCGACCCAAGAGGCCCGCCAAUCAGUUCGUCCCAAGGCUGUACGGAUUCAAGAUCCACCCCAUGGCCUACCAGCUGCAGCUACAAGCGGCGUCCAGCUUCAAGAGUCCAGUCAAGGCCAUCCGCUAACCCCGCCCAACCGCAGGAGGAGGAGGAGGAGUACUGUAAAAGAAAAGACAAGAAUUAUUGAUGAGGAGAGGGGUCACCUGCAGUUUGAGGCUUUGUAGCUGCCCCUUCUCCCCCCACAAAGACUGUAUUAUUUUGGUUUGGAGUAGCAUGUAGGACAAACGUAAAGAUGCUAGCGUGAGGGAGACACAAACACACACAGCCCCCAAACAAAUAAACGUUUUUAUUUUCCUCUUGUCGUUUUACAGCUCUUGUGUCAAACGCAGAAGGAACGCGCUGCGGUCGCAUUAAGAGCACGCUGACGGAGACGCAGUAGCAGCUGGUUGGAUUUAGUCCAGGCUUUUCUGUCAGAUCUCCCUCGUGUGCCGCCGCAGUGCGCCUCCGGAUGGCGGUUCGACCCCCCUCACACCUUUGUUAAACUCAGACUCGGUGAAGUGGAAGGGAAAGCUGCCUUAAGAUCCAGAGAUCUCUUCUUCUUCUGCUCAUGAAGCUUUUUUCCUUCAUUCCUCCACCUGUUUUUGGACUUUUUCUCUUUAAAAUCUCAGCAUCAAAGCAGCAUCCUAAAGAAAGUCUGAGAACCGAAUGAUUCAUGGCUUUAGUUCUUCACUCAUUUAUUUAUACAAGGACAAUAGAAACAGAGUCAUCGUUUGUAUCUGUUGGCUUUUAGUUGUUUUUUUUUUUUUCUCCUGAUCAAAUAACCAGGUUCUGCACAUUUUUCAGCUCCAGGUGAGCUCUUCCUUUCUUUUCCCAAUUUAUCGGAUCUUCAUUUCUUUCCUCUUAAACGGAGAGCCGAUUCACAGCAAAAAGUGAAUCGUUUGGUUUUCCUCUGUAUCUAGAAAAGUUUCCGUUUGUAGUUCCGUUUGGUACUUUAGGAGGUUUUUGUUCUUGACGGGUUUUACUUUAUGUCCAGAUUAGAAGCUCCGAUUGAAGCACACAGACGUUCACCGAAACCAAAAUUAACAAUGCGGCGAGUCUGACGUCUCAAAAGAUUUGUCGGUUAAAAAUAUGUUUCUGUUUAUUGCCAACCAGUCUGGGAGCAGAAGUGUGUCCUUUAGUAAAGAAAAAAACAUCCCAAACUUCAUGGCGACGAGUGAAGUUUGACAUGGCGACUUCUUCACUCCCUUCGUUUUUUUUAUCAUAGGUGCUCUUCCUUUCCCCACCAACUGUACCACAAAUAUUUCCAGGAUAUCCCGAGGCUGCAACCGUAUCCAUAUGUCCCGUUUUGAUGCGUCUGACUUUCGUGGUCUUUGUGUGACUGAAAGAGUGAGCAAGAUUCAGAACUCAAUAAACUUCUAUUUUCUUUUCAAAGUGCGUCUUUUCCUGAUUACAAAAGGUGUCGAUCCUUCUCCUGUCCACACGGGGUCGCCAAACUCAAGUUUUUUCUUCACACUUUUCUUUUUUGUAACCCUUGUGCUCUCCUAGGCACUUUAACAUUGGGAGUUGGGUCAUCUAGGCCCACUACACAGUACGCUGAACCUUUUUUCUUCAAUGAUUUGUGAUCUUCACUGGUGUCCAUGGAUUACAGUAAAUCUUUCCACCUUUAUCCACCUUUGUCAUGGUAGGGAGAACACGUCAAUGUAAGGCUGGGGUCAUCUAAGAUAGCACAAAAUUGACAAAAUUUAAUAUUUAUACACUUUUCCAUUUGGGAAUUUUUUUUCCUGAGGUUGUCGAGUCACAUGUAGCAAAAAUGCUAACAAUAUGAAUAAAUAUUUGGUUUGAUGG